AGAGUCGCUCCAAGACACCCCAGCGGCUCCUGCCUACCGGCACAAACAGGGAGAAAUUUGGCCACGGAGAGAGGGAGGGCCGCCAGAAGAGGUGUCAGCAUGCCGUCUGCUUUCCAGUUUCAGUGCCACCUCGUUCUCAUCUUCCUGGCAGCCUCCAAGGGGGAAACCAGAUACCUAGAGGUGAGGGAUGGUGGUGAAGAUGAGCCCUUCCUACUCCUCAGUGAAGAUCUGAAGCGAGAGCUGUCUGCAGGACAGAUCUACCGACGGUCACUCCGGUGCAUUGACAUGCUGAGUAUAGAGGGGCAGUUCACCUUCACCGCAGACCAACCACAGCUGCACUGCGCAACCUUCUUCAUCGGGGAGCCCGAGGAGCUCAUCACAGUAGAGUACGACUUUGUGAACAUCGACUGCCAAGGGGGUGACUUCCUGAAGGUAUUUGAUGGCUGGAUACUCAAAGGAGAGAAAUUUCCAAGUUCCUUGGACCAUCCCCUCACUGCUUCUCAAAGAUAUGUAGACUUUUGUGAAAGUGGAAACAUUCAGCGGAGCAUCAGGUCAUCACAGAACGUAGCAAUGAUCUUCUUCAGGAUUCAUCAGCCAGGCAAUGGAUUUACUGUCACAAUCAAGAAAAAUACCAAUCUCUUUCCUUGCAACGUCAUCUCUCAGACUCCUUCAGGAAGGUUUACCAUGGUCAUUCCUCACCAGCAUAGAAACUGCAGCUUCUCAAUAAUCUACCCAGUUGUGAUAAAAAUAUCUGAUCUUAUCCUAGGACAUUUAAAUGGCCUCUUUUUAAAGAAACCAUCAGUAGGCUGUGCAGGAGUGGGAGAUUUUGUAGAGCUUCUAGGAGGAGCUGGCUUAGACCCAUCCAAGAUGUUUCCACUAGCUGACCUCUGUCACUCCUUUCAUGGGUCUGCCCAAAUGAAGAUUGGCUGUGACAACACCGUGCUGCGAAUGGUCUCCAGUGGCAAACACAUCAACCGUGUGACAUUUGAGUAUCAUCAACUUGAUCUGCAGGAAACAGAAACGAGAAAGGAGAACAGCAUUGAGGAAUUCUGCUUUCCUAGUAUCUGAGAAACCAGGCCAUGUAUUUUCACAUAGCUAAUGAAAAUAAGGUUCUGGGGAAUUAAAACAGUUUAUUUUUUCCUUUAA